UGAGACAUUAGACCGUUGAAACAAGUGUACAAGUAUUGAUAAAUAUUUUAAUUAAAUCCAUUGUUUGUGAUCAAUCCAUUUCCUUGUUGAAUACUAAUCUAAUAUUGCAGUAUUUUUUACAUCGGAAUUCAAUUGGGACUAAUUUCUGUAAAAUGUUUGUGACGGUGCGUUAUGGAGAGGACGAGAGAAGAAUAUUCAACAUUAAUUGCCGAAAUGAGGUUCUGUUGCACCAAAUUAAAAAAAAGUGCAAGGUUGACCGCGAAGAAGUUAUCGAGCUAUCUGACGAACAUGGCACUGUGAAGAACUUGAGACAAAACCUGGACGAGUACGGCUACGAAUACCUGAAGGAGAGAGAAACCGUCAUAUUGCUGAAAGUAGAAACAUGUGUUCAGGAACCUACUCCCCCGCCGCCGCCUCCGCCUGGAUCAGAUGACAAGACGGAGCCGCCUCCGCCGGAAGUGCUUCCCGAUAAGACCACAUUCAUUCCAUUGUUAGUAGCAAUGUCAGAGAACCAAGAAUUUAUAGAUUCAUUGAACCCGAAAGAUAGACUAAGCAAGGCCUCUGUGUUCGAUGACCCGGAUGGCAAAGGGAAGAAGGCGAAGUCAAAAGACAAGAAGAAAGAUAAAGAUAAAAAGAAUAAACCAGCACAGCCCAAGAAAUGAGGCUAGACAUAUCAAAACACUGCAAGACUUAACAGGGAGACACCAAUUCAAAAGAAGAUGAACAGGAUCACUUUUGGUGAACCUUCGCCACAUAGUGUGCACUAAGCUAAAUUACAAUAAAUACUUUUAGACGGACUAUAUACAAUUGAAAAACAUGUUUUGUUUUUAAAACAGGCACGUCUCACUUUCUUAGAGUAAUGCGUCUUCCUAUCAUGAUGGAAAACAUAUAUUUUAACGGGCGCAAAAAUAACCCCCCAAAAUAUAUACCAGACAUUGCAGUUAUUUCUGUAAAAAUCGAGAACAAGUCUUGCAUGCUAUUUGAAACAUUAUUGUUUAAGAUUACGCACAACAGACUUGCAUUCAUGCAGCAGUUUUGAUAAGAGGAAACCUUUCUCUUCAUUUUUUUAAAUUGAUUUUUUAUUAUCAAUAUUUAUGUUUUCUAAGUUUGUGUUGUAUAGAUUGUACACUGGCGACAACACAUUAAUAUCACAGUUAGUUUAGUCACAUGUUUAUAGUAAACAACCGUCUACGUCGUUUGUAUUUAUUAAACUGACAACUUAUUAUUAAUUUGCAUAGCUUGUGUGUUUUAUUGCGACAGAACUGUCAUACGGUAACCACCAAAGGUUAACCACUUAAGUAAUGUGUCAUUUCACUUGUAUCUUUAUAGCAUC